AGCAACAACAACAGCAGCCGUAGCAGAGCCCAAACAGUGAGAGUCUGUUAUAUAACUAAACCUCCACAUAGUUAGAGUAACUACUUUUUGUGUAUAACGAAGUAUAACCUACUUUAGCUUCGUUUUCAGUAAUAUAAAAAUAUGAUACAGUGCACAUUUUAUUUCUUUAUUUUAUUUGUUUUAGAAACGAUAUAAGUUACACAUAAAAUAUUGGUUAAAUCUAAGUUACUCAUACACUGAGCAGCAUCCUUUAAUAUUAUGCACUGGGCGGUAUAGUGGUAUGAUCUUCAUGUUUUUGAGGAGUUUGAAUGUGUUUUAGUGAAUUAUUUGUUUAUUUCAGCGCAGGGAAAGUGGAUUUUUCCCGAAUUCAGGACUGUAAUCUGAUCCCUGCGCCAAUGAGAACUGCGGUUUUAGGGGAAAACUGAAGGGAACAAGAUGGCUGCGGGACACUGGGAAAGUUUCUCUUCUUCUCAAACGGAGGAUUUAAUCAUCCAGAAACGACGAAAACGCACUUAAUCAGCUUUAAAACAACGAUUAAGCUCGUUCCCCACGCUUGAUCAGGAUUUUUUUUGUUUUCCUUUUUGUUUAGGCGACGAAGAAGCUGGAUUGCUUGUGAUGUCUUUUUUCUGAGAGUUCAUGAUUUUUGCUAGUAAUGUUAAUCUAAAUUAGUUGACUAUAAAGUUAGUUUGGAAACAGACCCCUCCAUAUUCAUCACCUUAAAAUGUACUAGCUAGCUAAACUUGUAGCUACUAAACUAAACCAAACCAAGGACUGAACCAUGAGCUCCACCAGACCCCGCUCCCAACAGCAGCAGCAGCAGCAGCUGCACACCCAGCCGGCCUCAGCCUCCCUGCCGCCCAGCGAGGCCAUAGAGCUGGGCACCGUGCCUCACUCCGCGCCUGAGGAGCAGGAGGAGAGCCCCUGCCCGCCGGCCUCCAGCUCCCGCCAGGCUUGGAGCCGAGACAACCCAGGCUUCGAGCCCGAGGACGGACUAAUGGGCGCCAGCUGGGCCCCGGGGAGCCCCGGACGCAGGUCUCUGUCCACGGCUUCCAGCAGCAGCAGCGGCAGCAGCGGCCUGGGCAGCUUCAGCGGUGGAAGCAGCGGCCGGAUCCGCGGUGGGCUUUCACCCGGCCGGCCAGCAGAGGGCAUGCAGCACGGCUGGGGGAAGAGGAUACUGGCGAAACUCAGAAUUCUGUGGGGCACACGUCUAAUGGAGGACAGUGAAAGCAGCAGGGAAGUGUAUUUAAAGAACGUUCUGAGAGAGACCGUUACCUACAUCUUCUUCCUCAUCACUUUAUGCAUCAUAACAUAUGGGAUGGUAAGCACCAACAUGUACUUUUACACUAAAGUCAUGUCUCAGCUCUUCCUGGACACACCUUUGUCAAAAGGGGAUCCCACCACCUUUAAGACUCUCUCAACCAUGGAGGACUUCUGGAAAUACACAGAGGGGCCGUUUCUGAAUGGGAUGUACUGGGAUGUGUGGUACAACAACAAGAGCCUCCCAGAGAACCAGAGUCUGAUCUACUAUGAGAAUCUUCUGCUGGGCGUCCCUCGCCUCCGCCAGGUCAAAGUGCUCAACAAGUCCUGUCCUGUACAUGAAGACCUAAAGGACGAAGUGUAUGACUGCUACAGCAUCUACUCGCCCGCCAGUGAGGACAAGGCACCCUUCGGCCUUAAAAAUAACACAGCGUGGGUGUACUCUGAGGAGAAUAUUCUCGGAGAGAGCAGCUACUGGGGUGAGGUGGCGACUUACAGAGGAGGGGGAUACUACCAGGAUCUGGCCCGCAGCCGUGAGGAGUCGGCCAGGCAGCUGAAGGAGUUAAAGGACAACCUGUGGCUGGACCGUGGCACCAGAGCUGUGUUCCUUGACUUCUCUGUCUACAAUGGAAAUGUCAACCUCUUCUGCAUUGUCAGAAUGCUAGUGGAGUUUCCUGCGACGGGGGGCGCUGUGACAUCUUGGCAGUUCCAGACAGUUCGUCUGGUGCGAUAUGUGUCGAGCUGGGACUACUUUGUAGGGACUUGUGAGGUGGUCUUCUGCCUUUUUGUGCUGUACUACAUGGUGGAGGAAGUGCUGGAGAUCCGUCUGCACCGCCUGCGAUACUUCAAAAGCCUGUGGAACUGUCUGGAUGUCAUCAUAGUAACUCUGAGUGCCCCUGCCAUCAUUAUGAACAUCUAUAGGACAUCAGCUGUCAGUAACAGGCUGAGGUACCUUCUGGAGAACCACAGCACUUACCCAAACUUCCAACCUCUCGCUCAGGUGCAGGUUCAGUUCAACCACCUGGCUGCAGUCAUUGUCUUCCUUGCUUGGGUGAAACUCUUUAAGUUUAUAAACUUCAAUAAGACCAUGAGUCAGCUGUCCACCACAAUGUCCCGAUGUGCUAAAGACCUUCUGGGAUUUGCCAUCAUGUUCUUCAUUGUGUUCCUGGCGUACGCGCAGUUGGCCUACCUGGUGUUUGGAAACCAGCUCAAUGACUUUAGCACCUUUCAGGCCUGCAUUUUUACACAGUUCCGGAUCAUUCUUGGAGACUUUGACUUCUCUGAGAUUGAAGAGACAAACAGAGUUUUGGGGCCGAUCUACUUCACCACCUUUGUGUUCUUCAUGUUCAUGAUUCUGCUGAACAUGUUCUUGGCUAUCAUCAAUGACACUUACUCAGAGGUAAAGGCAGACAUGGCUCAGCAAAGAUCUGAAAUGGAGAUUACAGACCUCAUUAAAAAGGGUUACCAGAAGGCCAUGGUGAAACUUAGGCUAAGGAAGACUACGGUUGAUGACAUCUCCGACAGCCUUCGUCAGGCAGGAGGCAAACUCAACUUUGAUGAGCUUCGGCAGGACCUACGAGGAAAGGGACACUCAGAUGCUGAGAUUGAAGCCAUUUUUGCCAAAUAUGACCUGGAUGGAGACCAGGAGCUUUCUGAGCAUGAACACCAACAGAUGAAGGAUGAUCUGGAGAAAGAAAGAUGUCUCUCACACACAUGCCAGGAGGACUUGGAUCUGGAACGCAGUUCGCUACCCAGGCCAAUGAGUGGGCGGAGCUUCUCUCGAAGCCAGGAUGACUCUGAGGAGGAUGACGACGAGGACAGUGGGCACAGUUCCCGUCGGCGUGGCAGCAGCUCUGGGGGCGUGUCUUAUGAGGAGUUCCAAGUAUUGGUGCGGCGGGUGGAUCGGAUGGAGCACUCGAUUGGAAGUAUUGUGUCUAAGAUCGAUGCAGUCAUUGUAAAGCUGGAGGCUAUGGAGAGAGCCAAGCUGAAGAGGAGAGAAGUGCUCGGCCGGCUGCUGGACGGUGUCAUGGAGGAUGAGAGGAUGGGAAGAGAUACAGAGGUUCACAGGGAGCACAUGGAGAAGCUGGUGCGAGAAGAGCUCGAGCGCUGGGAGUCAGAUGACGCCAUCUCUCAGGUCAGCCACCAGCAGGCCACUCCGAUCGGAGCUCAGGCCCGCAUACGCAGUGCCCGUCCCGCCUCCUCUUUAUCCACUGAGGAUCCAGAAGCUGGGGGCAACGGGAGUGGACAUGUUUAAGACCACCUUUCCUUAGCUCAUUGCCAAGAAGUAUUCCUCAUUUUUAUAAUCACAACAGUAUUAUGGAGUGUAUGCUGCAGUUUAUUCAUUCGUUGUGCACUUCUAGUUCAGGUACUAUCUUUAGUUCAGGUUUUAGAAUAAUUGAAGUUUAAUGUAUUAAAGUUCAGAGAAUUCAAGAGAAAAUCUUGUUUAAAAAUCACCCAUUUAACACAUAAACAUUCCAAUCUGCCUACAAUUUUUUUUAAACUGAAGAUUGUGUGGAACCUUAGAAAAAAAUACUGUAUCUGAGGUUUAUAUUAAUACGUGGGUUAGUGCUGGGCGGUAUACCAGUUCAUACAGUAUACUGGAGGGGAAUUUUUUACAUACAGCCAUACCACUAGAGGCGCUGUGGAGCAUUGUGUAGAACAGCACCGCAGAAAAAGCCCUGUUUAAAUAUAUUAAUACUGUAGCUUGAAGGAUAAUAUUAUUGCUGAACUAAAUGUAUGUGUUAACUGAAGAAAGAAGGAAAUUGUUGCUGAUUUUAAUACUGUACUGCCUGUAGUGGCUUCAGAAAAACAUUGUUAAUUGGUAUUAAACUUGUGUCUAACUUCUGAAAUAGAGCUUUUGAUGAAAAAACCUAUUUUAAUACUUAAACAUUGAGUAUUUCAGGUCCAUUUAUAGUGUUUAUGGAACUAUUUAAAAAACUUAGUUUUGUAAAGAAAGCCAUGUUAAAGUUGUUGGCGUGUCUCAACAAUAUUAAUAAUAAGCUCUAUUGUUUACAUUCUUCAGCUGUUUUUUUCUGCUAAUGAAGUCUGAUUUCUUCAUAUAUUGUGUAACUUUGUGGGACAAAGUAAACCCAAUAGUAAUCAAAGCCAUAAUUUAAGGCCUUAGUGUUUUGUUUUAUAUUAUAUGUACUUCUAACAGUACAGUAAAUAAAUAAAUAAAAUUCUGUGAUAUACAGUGAAACCGUCAGAAUCUUGAAAAAAUACAGUGCAUUUUUACAUUUUUGGCCAUACCGCCCAGCACUAAUGUGGGUAAAUAUGUGAGUCUUCUCUUAAAAUAUAUGAAGGUACACUUAUGUUUUUGAUUGCACAAAAUAUUUUUGUAGUAUACAUACCUUGCAUAUCAGCUCAAAAAUGAACACAUUCUGUGUAAUAUCAGUACUAUUAUAAAGCACUGUGUAGAAAAGGCUGUCACUCCAGGCAUGAAGUUAACAUUCCAUAUUUGCAGUUAGUUUUAGUCAAAAAAGUAUUUAUUUUUCCUAAUUUGUAGCAUAGCCAAGUGGCAGAUACUAUGGUACCUUUAACAGACCAAGACUUAGCCUUUAUUGUUUAAAUGCACAUAUAUUAUUUAGGUAAUGCCACAAACUAUGGCCAUACAUCUUUGAGCAUCAUUAUUAUCCUGCAGAAAAACAACACGCAUAAAAUCUAAAAGUGGAAUCCGAUCAUUAUAAGGUACAGCAAAAAAAUUCAACUAUUUAUUUUUUUCCACAUUUUUAAAAAAAUAAACAAAACCAUUGCAAUUCAAUUGAUUCUCAAUGCCGCUAAUAAUUCUGUAUUCAUUUUAACUGUUCAAUGCUAUAACUGUGGUUUUUGUCUUAUUUGUAUUUUCCAACUUAACUAUCAAUUUAAAUUCGGUUAAUUAAUUUAAAUGGCUGUCUGUAUUUUCAGAAAAAAAUAGCUUAAAAAUGCUUUUUAGGUUGGGCCUCAGCAUUUGUCAUGUUUAUGAGAAUAACCUAUGCAUUCUGUCAUUAUACUGUAUAUAAUUCUGAUCUGAAGCAUGUACUAAUAGCCUAACAUCCUGAAUGACCUCUUUAUUCUCUGAAGAACAGGAGCAAGAACUGACUUUUUUAGUACAUUAGCACUAUUUUAAUUUACUUAUUAUAACAUGCUUAGUUUAUUAGAUAUUUAUAGUGCUGGAUUGGGUUUAUAAUGUUGUAGCCAUUUCAACUGUUACACGAUAUUGCUACCAUAGUGUGUACACUUAAAAAAACUGCUUUAGGUGCUCUGUUAUCUGAGUCUUCUCUCAAUAUAUGUAUGAAGGUAAAUGCUUGAAGGCUUGUGUGACCUUCAGUUUGUUUAUAUAAACAAUAAGAAAGAGUUUGAUUUGUAAAUUCAGAGAAAGGUUUUGAUUUCACAAAUUUAAAAGUCCUGAAAAAAGAUGAAACAUCCAUAUUUUCUUUCAUUUUACUGAAGGCAUUAUACAAUGAAGGUCUCUGCUUUGAUAGCGAUACUUUGAGUUAUUUGUAAUGGACAUUUUACACAGUGUUAUGCAUUUAAAUGUAUAUAAAGCACAAUUAUUUUCUACAGUACAACACUUUACUCAUAUUUGACCCAAAAUAUAAUAUUUCUGUUAUGUGUCGUUUAAUGUAGCUGCAAGAGUGGCAUGUUUUGUCAUAUUCUGUCAUCUAUAUUACUGUUUUGUGUAAUUUCUUAUUUUAUACAUAUUGUAACUUAAAACAAACUUCGAUUUGGAGUGCAUCUGCUUUCAUGGGAAGGCCGUGUGAGUUUUAUUGUUUAGCUGCAUUUGCAAAGCUUUGUCUAAAUAUCCUGGCACUGCUUUCACUGUUUUUAUUAGAAUGUUUUUUGCUUUUCAUUUCUAUGCUGCUAACGUUCAAAAUGCUGUUUGAUACAACAUUUUACAACAUGCUAUUUUGAUCAAUACAUUUUGAUCAACCCCAGUUUAUUAACAAGACAGUACUUGUAUCAGCAAACAGCUAUUCAUAUCAGGCUCUGUACUGUGCUUUAUGGUACUUUGUAGUCCUCUGUACUUUUUAAUCAGUAUUACUGUUUUUUAAAUAAAGUGUUUGCAGACUUUUA